ACCCCACGCACUCCCCGGAGCUAAGACUUUCGUACGCUAUUAAAGUCUUUGCUCGUGCUCGAAGCCUCUCAAUCGACGCCAACCAAAAACUUUUGACUGUCACUUUACUCUCCCUCGCUCGCUCUCGAUCGUCGCCAUGGAGUCGAGCUCUCAGCAUCCUCGGAAUCCAAUCAAAGAUCCAAGGACCAUCGCCAGGAAGUAUCAGCUCGAUCUUUGCAAGAGAGCGGUUGAUGAGAACAUCAUCGUCUAUCUGGGGACGGGGUGUGGGAAGACUCACAUCGCAGUUCUCUUGAUGUACGAGCUCGGCCACUUGAUUCGAAAGCCCAGCAGCAGCGUCUGUGUCUUUCUCGCUCCCACUGUGCCGCUCGUUCGUCAGCAAGCAAUGGUCAUAGAGAACUGCACUGAUUUCAAAGUCCAAAGCUAUUUUGGCAAUGGUAAACAUUUGAAGGAUCAUCAUGAAUGGAACAAGGAGAUUGAACAAAUAGAGGUUCUUGUUAUGACCCCUCAAAUACUUCUACACAAUUUAAGACAUUGUUUCAUCAGGAUGGAACUAAUUGCACUUUUGAUAUUUGAUGAAUGCCAUCAUGCACAAGCGCAAAAGAGGCAUCCUUAUGCUCAGAUUAUGAAGGAAUUUUACAAAAUGGAUGCCCUAAGAAGUCCUCGUAUAUUUGGCAUGACUGCUUCUCCAAUCAUUGGGAAAGGUGGAUCUACUCAAACAAACUAUACCAAAUGCAUCAACAGUCUUGAGAAUUUACUUGAUGCAAAGAUGUGUUCAAUUGAUGACAAUCUAGAACUUGAAAGUUUUGUUGCUUCUCCGGAAAUAAAAGUCUACUUCUAUGAUCCUGUGGAACAUAAUGAAUCAAGCUUGAUAAUGGUUUAUCAAAGAGAACUUGACCAGAUAAGAAACAAGUGCACGUGCAUGCUACGAGAAAAUAUUUCUGAUUUGAAAGAUCGUCAGAAGUUGAUGAAGUCGGUUUUGAAGAUACAUGAAAAAGUUGUUUUUUGUCUAGAAAAUCUUGGUCUUUAUGCAGCGAUACAAGCUGUUCAAAUUCUUUUGACUUCUGAUGGAUUGGACAUUCCAGAUACAAAGCAAAACGAUGAUGACAGCAACACUUACCUAGUAAAUCAAUAUUUGAAUAAUGCUCGCUCGGUUUUAUGCUGCAAGAUAUUAGACGACAAUAUGGGUUCAGAUUCGUUUGUUCCGGAGACAUUAGAAGAACCAUUUUUCUUAAAAAAAUUGUCAGCUCUGAUUGGGAUCCUUUCUAGCUCCAGGUUGAAAGAGAACAUGAAGUGUAUAAUCUUUGUGAAGCGAAUAAUUGUUGCGAGAACAUUAGCGCACAUUCUUGGGAGCUUAAAAGUGCUAGAUUAUUGGAAAUGUGAAUUUCUUGUGGGUUUUCAUUCUGGAUUGAGGAAUAUGUCACGCAGCAAGGUUAAUACAAUAGUUGAAAAGUUUCGUUCUGGAGAGGUGAAUCUUUUGGUUGCUACCAAUGUAGCUGAAGAAGGUCUUGAUAUUCAGACUUGCUGCCUUGUAGUGCGGUUUGAUCUGCCAGAAACAGUGGCUAGUUUUAUACAGUCAAGAGGUCGUGCUCGCAUGCAGAAAUCUGAAUUUGUUUUUCUUGUCGAAAGAGGCAACCUGCGUGAUGAGCAGUUACUGCAUGAUUUUAUGUCUGGAGAAAAUUUCAUGAAUAAAGAAGUCAUCGCCAGAACAUCCGGUGAGACCUUUAAUAAUUUGGAGGAGACAAUUUAUAAAGUUGACAGCACUGGUGCUUCUAUCAGCACUGGUUGCAGCAUUUCGCUUCUUUAUAGAUACUGUGACAAACUUCCUCGAGAUAUAUAUUUUGAUCCUUUGCCAAAGUUCUUUUUCAUAGAUGAUAUACAUGGAACAAUCUGCCGAGUAAUUCUUCCCUCAAAUGCUCCUGUCCGUCAGGUGGAUAGUUUGCCCUGCUCCUCAAAAGAUGAAGCUAAGAGAGCAGCUUGUUUGAAAGCAUGUAUCGAGCUGCAUAAAAAGGGUGCUUUGACCAAUUAUCUUCUGCCUGGUCUGGAUGAUGGAAAGAGGAAAAUACUAGCUACAAAUUGCUCAGAGAGUCAAAACAGCGAUGAUGAAUGUCUGAGAGAAGAACUUCAUGAGAUGCUAGUCCCUGCUGUUCUUAGAAUGCCAUGGUCCACUACAGAUGAUGUCGAUUUUUAUUUUUAUUAUAUAAAGUGUGUCCCCAUACCAGAUGAUAGAAACUAUCGAAAAUUUGGUCUUUUUGUUAAAGUUCCUAUUCCGGAUGAAGCUGAGACUAUGGAAGUUGAUUUACAUCUUGCUCAUGGCAGGAUUGUUAAGACAGGGUUUGUAAGUAUGGGGAAGAUCACACUUGACAGAGAAGAGGUUUUACUGGCAGAGAGUUUUCAGGAAAUGUUUCUAAAGGUCAUCCUCGAUAGAUCUGACUUUUACCAUGACUUUGUUUCUUUAGGUGAGAAUGCUGCAAUUAGUCCGCCUUCGUCGACGUUUUACCUGCUACUUCCAGUCAAAAAGAAAAAAUGUGAGGAAAAUAUGGUUGUUGAUUGGGAAACUGUAAAACGCUGCUUAUCAUCACCGGUUUUUAGCCAUUCAACUGUUUCUCAUGCAAGAGAUCUUUGUGAUGUUAGCAACAGUUUAAAACUUUAUAAUGGCACGUUUGCUGAGAAUGAUGUAUUCGACAGUGUGGUGUUCACUCAACAUAAUAAACUAUUCUAUUUUAUCUAUGGAAUUCUCCAUGAGAAAAAUGCUCUCAGCAAACACAGGAAUUCUACAAGCUAUGCAGAACACUACAUGGACAAGUUUGGCAUUCAGCUAUCCUAUCCUGAGCAGCCAUUGCUGAAGGCAAAGCAGGUUUUUUCUUUGCACAACUUGCUGCACAAUCGGGUACAAGAGGGUACAGAUACUCGUGAACUACUGGAGCACUUUGUGGAGUUGCCUCCUGAAAUGUGUUUGCUAAAAAUAUUUGGCUUUUCAAAAGAUAUUGGAAGUACUUUGUCUUUAUUGCCUUCUCUAUUGCAUCGGCUAGAAAAUCUACUCGUGGCUAUUGAGCUGAAGGAGCUUUUGUCAGCAUCUUUUCCUGACGCCACUAAAGUCCGAGCUGAAUGUAUCCUAGAAGCAUUAACAGCUGAGAAAUGUAUGGAACGAAUUUCCCUCGAAAGGUUUGAAGUGCUGGGUGAUUCAUUUCUGAAGUAUAUAGUUGGCCGUCACAGUUUCCUUUCAUAUCAAGGCCUAGACGAGGGACAACUCACCAAAAAGCGUUCUAGUAUGGUGAAUAAUUCACAUUUAUAUGAGUUAGCUAUUCAGAAGAAUUUGCAGGUGUAUAUACGUGAUGAAUUAUUUCUCCCAUCAAAUUUCUUUGCACUCGGCCGGCCAUGUAAAGUAGUUUGUGAUGUAGAUAUACAAUCAAGUAUACAUCAUCAACAAGGAAAUGGUUCCACAGUAAACGCAAAAGAAGCCAGUAACGUGAAAUGUACUAGAUCACAUCGGUGGAUUCACAGGAAAACUAUUGCUGAUGUUGUGGAAGCUCUUGUUGGAGUAUUUCUAGUUGAGAGUGGGUUCAGAGCUGCAAUUGCAUUUCUCCAAUGGAUUGGAAUGCAAGUUGAUUUUGAAGUCUGCGAUUUUUACAGAGUUCUUCAAGAAAGCAGGAGCAACUUGGAACUCAGUAAAAGCAUAGAUGUUGAUGCACUUGAGAAGCUAUUAGGAUAUAGAUUUAAGCAUAGAGGUCUUCUUCUACAGGCUUUUGUUCAUCCUUCUUACAAUAAGCACUCAGGUGGAUGCUAUCAGAAACUGGAGUUUCUUGGAGAUGCCGUCUUGGAUUAUAUGAUAACAUCGUACAUCUAUUCAGUUUAUCCAGACCUAAAACCAGGGCAAAUAACUGAUUUGCGAUCAAUAACUGUCAACAACAAUUCUUUAGCUCAUAUAGCAGUUUGGAAAUUCUUUCAUGAGUAUCUUAUAAAAGAAUCUGAUAGUCUCAGUCGAGCAAUAAAAAAGUUCAAGGAUUUUAUUCAAACAUCAGAUGCAGAAAGAGAACUAACUGAGGAACCAGCAUGCCCAAAGGUGCUUGGUGAUGUUGUUGAAUCAUCAAUUGGUGCUGUACUUCUGGAUGCAGGAUUUGACUUAAACUUAGUUUGGAACAUUAUGCUCAAUCUGUUGGAACCUAUUUUAAGGUUUUCUAGCUUGCAGAUCAACCCUGUAAGAGAACUCCGUGAACUCUGUCAGUCUUAUAGUUUUGAGCUGGGAUUACCGGAUCCUGUGAAACAAAAGGAAGGCUAUUCAGUCUGGGUAGAAAUUGAUGUCAAAGGGAAGCAUUUGACUUACAGUGCUGUCAACAACAACUCAAAAGCUGCCAGAAGAACCGCUGCACAAGAAGCACUUUGUAAGCUUAAGGCUCUUGGUUUCAAGCAUAAAAGUAAGUCGCUAGAAGAAAUUUUAAGCUCAACUCGGAAGAAGCUACCCUUGCUGAUUGGAUUUGAUGAAGAUCCUAUAGUAGUAGAGAACUUCGACUGUAACUCAAUCUCGAUUCCUGAUGAAGAUCCUAUAGUAGAGAGCUUCGACUGUAACUCAAUCUCGAUUCCACUAGAGAAGUUAACAGUCCAUGAAGCAGAAGAGACUUCAUCUCAAUGGAGUCUCCCCACAAUAGAUGUUAACAAUGACUUUCAAAAGCUGCUCUCUGUUGCAUCAAGGUCACCACAAAGAACAAAGCAAGAGAAGUAUGAACAAGUAAGCUGGCAGCCGAAGAGGCCGAAUGGACUGAUGGAGAACAGUCAUCAACAUGAGAUGAAUGGUGGUCAGAGUAAUAAAUCAGCAAGGUCACAAGUGUUUGAAAUAUGUGCUGGGAACUAUUGGAAGCCUCCUUUGUUUGAGUGUUGUAAAGAUGAAGGACCAUGCCAUCUAAAAAUGUUUACUUAUAAGGUUACUAUUGAAAUUGAUGGAGUAAAUUCUACACUCUUGGAGUGCUAUAACGAACCCAAGUCGCAGAAAAAGGCUGCACAAGAGCAUGCAGCCGCAGGAGCACUGUGGUAUCUUAAGCAUCUUGGAUAUACGGCAAAGCUCUAAGCGCGGUGGUAUAACAUAUACCAUUCUGAAUGUCAUUGUUUUGUUAUUCCCUUGAUGUUAGAAGAGAAGUUCGAGUUUCUGAAUUUCCCUUCUAGCAUUAAGGGAAGCACAAAAGGAUGAUAUUAUUUUCUAUAUCCAGAUUGGUGUUUUGGGCUCUUGAAGUCCGAAACAACAAUCUCAAUAUAGAAAAUAAAUUUCUCAGAAGGUGAUUGUAUCCGAGAAAAAUUCAAUAUUUACUUUCAUUGUAUUUUGACGCUAUCCUGUUUAAGUUAUUGAUGUUGGCUUGUAAUAUUGUUUUGA